CGCCGCGCUCCCCCUGCCCGGCUCCCCGGCGAGAGCGCGGAGCACCUCCCUGUCUCCCGCGGGGGGCCGCCGGACAAGUGCUCCCACUGCCGCCUUCAGAACGGCCCGGGUUUUUCCGGUUGUGUUUUCCAGGGAGAAGAUGGGAAAGGGCAGGUUCCUGCUCCUGCCGGGGCUGCGGGGCUAGUCCCUGCGGUCGUGGUGUGUCUGCUCGGCAAAUCGCAGAUGCUGAUGUGAAAAAGGGCCAAAGCAGAGGAGAGGCGUCAGUGGAUGCGAGCGUUUGUACUGAUGGAUUGAGGAGGUGGAGGCUGCCUGCCUGGUGCUUAAGAGGCACAGAUCUGACAGAUGAACAGACACAGCUCUGCAGACCAGAGAGUGUUUUGCCAUUAAGUUGGCUGUCUCCAUCAAAUCAUUUGUUUGGAAGCUAUCAUGCAAAAAGCACAGAUCCCUGCCCUUGGAUAAAGGACAUUAUCAGAGGAGAGGCCUAUGUGUAUAGAAGGAUGAAGAUCCAGUCUUCAAGAAGCCAGUGACAGGUGGAAAGCACAGAUUUACAGAGCUGAACUGGAUCAGCUGAAGAAGUGGGGGAAGAGAAACAAAACAAGCACGGUACCAGUGAAAAGAGCUUCAGCUUUAUCUUGCAGCAUCACCACAGCAACCAGAGAACACAAUCAGAAGAAAAGACUAGAGCAGAGAAGGCGAAAGUGCGGCUUCUUACCUUUGGACAGAAGGCAGCAAAAUCAUUAUGCAGAACAGAAAUGGGUAUUUGAUGGUUCUAGACAAACUGUGGCAAAGGGAAGCGUCCUGUCAUUAACAGGAAUGUGCCACAUUUUAUGCACUGGAAAGGGGAGUGCCAUGAGAUCUACUGAAGAGACUAUUUCAGUGGCUGCACACCUACAUGUGUUUGCACCCCUGCCGGGACUCAACUAGGUGGCUGUAGGCAUCGGGGAUCAUCAGGUAUUGGAUAGGGACCUUUUUUCCUUUCGGGGUGUACCUGGCACAUGAACUAAAAAGCACCGCAGAUCUUUUUGUGAGACGCCAACAGAGUGAGCCAGUCUGCACCCGUUCCCUUCUGUACCUGCCUGCUGUACCAUGGGAUGUCGGCAAAGCUCUGAGGAGAAAGAGGCAGCGCGGCGGUCCCGAAGGAUUGACCGCCACCUGCGCUCUGAAAGUCAGCGACAACGAAGAGAGAUAAAACUCCUCCUCCUGGGCACCAGCAACUCUGGGAAGAGUACUAUUGUAAAGCAGAUGAAAAUCAUUCACAGUGGUGGCUUUAACUUGGAGGCCUGUAAGGAAUACAAACCUCUGAUUAUCUAUAAUGCAAUUGACUCUCUCACACGUAUCAUUCGGGCUCUGGCCACCCUUAAGAUAGAAUUUCACAACCCUGACAGAGCAUACGAUGCAGUGCAGCUUUUUGCCCUGACAGGCCCAGCUGAGAGCAAAGGGGAGAUUACCCCAGAGCUGCUGGGGGUGAUGAAGAGGCUGUGGGCAGACCCCGGCGUGCAGGAGUGUUUUUGCCGCUCCAACGAGUACCACCUGGAGGAUAACGCUGCGUACUACCUGAACGACCUGGAACGGAUCGCAGCUCUGGACUACAUCCCCACGGUGGAAGAUAUUCUGCGGUCUCGGGACAUGACCACAGGGAUUGUAGAAAAUAAGUUCACCUUCAAAGAGCUGACUUUCAAAAUGGUGGAUGUGGGUGGACAGAGAUCUGAACGCAAAAAGUGGAUCCACUGUUUCGAGGGGGUUACAGCAAUAAUUUUCUGUGUGGAGCUGAGUGGGUAUGACUUGAAGCUGUAUGAAGAUAACCAAACAAGUCGAAUGGCAGAAAGUUUGCGUCUGUUUGAUUCCAUCUGCAACAACAACUGGUUUAUCAACACUUCCCUCAUCCUUUUUUUGAAUAAGAAAGAUCUGCUGGCAGAAAAAAUCCGACGCAUCCCCUUAACAGUCUGCUUUCCUGAAUACAAAGGCCAAAACACUUAUGAGGAGGCAGCAGUCUACAUCCAACGCCAGUUUGAGGACUUGAAUCGCAACAAGGAGACCAAGGAGAUCUACUCACACUUCACCUGUGCCACUGAUACCAGUAACAUACAAUUUGUGUUUGAUGCAGUGACAGAUGUCAUCAUUCAGAACAAUCUCAAAUACAUUGGCCUCUGCUAAGAAUCCUUGGGUUUAAUCUGUUUUCCUGGAGUGAUAAAAAAGGGGCUAACCUCUUCCACUUCUAGUGGAAAAAAAUUGGGCAAUGCUUAAUAGCCCAAGGAAAGAAAAGGGGAAAUCUGAUAUAUGAACACAGUUCCUCUUAUGCCCCCUUAACCUGCUACAUCAUUUCCCCCAAAUAUAUGUUCUGGAGAGUGAGAGCCUCCUCUCCAAGAAAACCAAACACCCCCAGUGAAAAAAAAAAACCCCAACCAAAAACUCAAAAACCCCCAAACAAAAACAAAAUAGAGAUUGAGGCCUAACUCUGUGGAGAUGUUUCACCACAGUCACUGCACUUUUAUUCCAUUUGUUUCAUUCCAUUUCCUAUAGUGGGAGUGUUAUCAUGUUCUGUGUAAGAAAUUACUCUUCAUCCAGUUGUCCUAAAAUUUUAUUGACAUAAAAAUAUAAAUCUGGUGAGUGACAGAUGAACUUGUUUGCAGGGUGUGGAGCAAAAUGCUUGUGUUGGGGAGAAAAGGUAGUUCAAAGCAGAAGCUACUGAAUGAGAGAGUUUAAGCAAAAUACUACUUAAAUUUGUAGAGUGGGUAUGCACCCACAAUAUUGGUAUCCACAGUCAAGAGUAUGUACACAUCCAUCAUGUAUGCACAUGCACAUGACUCUAAGCAUAUACUAUGUACACACCUCUGCUUUACUUUACUGUUUCUCAUGGACACCUUGCCUAUUAAAGGAAUUGUUGGUGCGCAACUGUUUUGUGAUUUCCAAACUGACUAGCAGCUCUUUCUGCUCUUUAUGGCUUCAAAUAUGCAGCAAAAUUACAUGAAAUGAAUCUUUGAAUAGGCCAAAUUAAGGUCGGUGUUUCUUCUACUGAUAAGGAGUUUUAUACAUCCAAACAGUCUUCUUUUACAUCUUUUUUUGCCAAAUCUUGUGGUGUUUCAUGAAAAACCAAAUUAUAUUUAAGAAGUAGGUUAGUGUUCCUUUUUUAAUACAGAUUAAAAAAAAUCACAAAGCAAUUUUUUAAAUUAUUGUUGUAGUGUCUGGAUUGCUGAAUGUGAAAGUUGCCAACGGACAAUUCUGUUCCACUGCUCCAAAUACCUUCUGGGUAUCGUAAUAUUGUAACAGAUUUCCCAAGAAGCAGGAGCCAUGGAGAUUGUGUAGUAUAUAGCCUCCAAAGUCUUUUUUUGUUGUUUUUUUAAAUUAUUUUUAAAAUGUGAUGUGUUAUUAGAAGGUUAAAGAUGAGCGAUAUGAACAAUAACUAAAUGUCUUUAUAUUUCAAUUUAAUAAUUUAAAUUAUUUACAGUUUAGUCAAGUUAAGGAAACUGAAGAGAUGCAAUCCUCAGCUCCAGGUUUCAUCUCAUAAAGAAACACUACUGGAUGGAGUAACAUUCCGGCAAAAGUUUGAAUGCAUAAGAAGCUCUGUGGGACUGUACUGGAAAAUCUCAUAUGGAUUAUAUAGACCUAAGUCUUUGGUCAGUUGGUUCUUUCCCCUGCCAUAGAAAAGACUUCUUAAAGACUUCAGUGUAAAGUUGGUGUGUAAAUAUAUGUUUGAUAACUGUAAAGCACAUACGUACACAGAGACACAGACACACAUGCACACUGGAAAAUCACCUUCUACUUUUGUUCCCCUUAUGUACUACAAUUAGUGCAAGAAAUCUCAGCCAAGGGCUCUAAGAAAGUUAAAACAAAAUGGUUAAUAACAUCAACAUUUAAAUUGUCCACUUCAAAAAUAAAUAAUUCAAAUGAUAUUGAACGUGUCUAUAGUGUGUUCAUUAAGUAGUGUCAUGACAGUUAAUUGGAAAAUACUUGUAAAGUUUUCUUCUAAUCUAAUUUUGCACAAGAUAUUUUAUCCCUGUACUGAAGACAUGGGGUCCCUUUUAGCAUUCCCUGCCAAUUGUUACACCUGAAGAGUAGAGGCAAAAGAGUAAAUGAGGCUGUGCCUCCAAGAUAUAAGAAGUCUGUCAAGGCACACAGAGAGUUUUUAGGUCUCACUUGUAGUGAGGAAGUACUGCUGCCUACUUGGGAUAUUUGCACUCAGGCUGCUCGGCAUGUUUACUAAAAUCUGUAUACAGUAAUUGCUAGUACAAGUUCCUCUAAACUUUGCUUACUAUUAAAUUGCUAUAAUUUACCUGGGAAAUCGUGCAGUAUUUCUAAUCUAAUUUGCUUUUUACAUGUAAUAUCCAAUUAUUAGCCAGUUGAAUUGUGGAAAAGAUGGGAAGUGAGUCAGGGCUCCCUUUCCCAAUGAGUGAUCUAUUAGAUGUGUCUCCUUCACCUCUUUCUUUCAUCAGACUGUGGCCAUUAUAGAUUAGGGAAAGAAGUGACAAGAAAACACCAGCAUUCAUUACAGCAUAGCUUCGAGGUAAGAAAGCUGAAUAAAACCAAAAGUGUAGUCAAUUAUCAGGAGGGUAACAGACACUUUAUAUUAAAAACCAAAUCUUUAUUCAACUAAGAAGGUCUUUCUACCAUAAAUAUUAGAAGUGGAGAACCUAGGACAUUUUAACAAUGGCCCAAGGGGAUUUCUAAGGGAAAGCAGCCAGUUCCAUUCCUCAUUGAGUGAAAGCUAUCUAGGAAAGGUGAAAAGAAAGUGAAGCACCACCUGUGCUCCUACUUGACUUAAAUCAGAGGCAUGGGGAGGAACAAAGAAGUAAAUAAUUAUGUUUAAAUAAUCAAGUCACAUAAUCACAUUAUCUAAACAGCAAUUUCUUGCUAUUCUCUAAUAAUUGAAUUCCUAUGAUGUUUUUGAUUUUAGUAUUCUGAGUAAUUCUCUGUCUUCUCUCUUCAAGAUGUUAAAAUAAACUAUGUUUUAUACAGA